CACGCCAACCAAUCACUGUCCAGAAUCCACCAUGCCAGCCAAUCACAGCUGCCACUUCAAGCAGCCGUGGGGCGCUAACUCCAAGCUCCUGCUGUGCUGCUUUCUGGGGCCCAAUUCAUGCUAAAUAGUACCAUGCCAUACCUGCAGCCGAAAGAAAACACUCAGUAACUCUUAGGCAUGAGCGGGAUUCAGAAGGUCACAAAAGUCAGUGGACAGAAACAGAAAGUCGCAGCAAUCAGUGGAGAGAAAGACACAAACUCAUCGAAGCGAGCAGCAAUGAACAAGACCAACCCAGAGAAGCGCAACAAGACGCCCGGGAAGGCUGGAUGCUGCGCCUUCAUCCACGCCUUCCUGCGGCUGUUUCGACGCAAGAAGCGUGGGCGCCGCGCCCCCAGCGGGGGAGUCUCCCGGGCAGUGCUGGAGGAGCAUGCCAUGGAGGACACUUCUCUGGAAGAGUCUCUGCCAAUGGUGACUCAUCUGGAAGAGUCUGUGAUGCACAAGACUCUUGUAGAAUAUGUUAUUCAAGAACAUGUUAUGGAAGAACAUCUUAUAAAAGAACAUCUUAAGGAAGAACAUCUUAAAGAACAUCUUAAGGAAAAAAAUGUUAUGGAAGAUCCUGUUAAGGAAGAACGCCUUUUGGAAGAACAUCUUAAGGAAGAACAUCUUAUGGAAGAACAUCUUAAGGAAAAAACUGUUAUGGAAGAGCAUCUUAAGGGAGAAACUAUUAUGGAAGAACAUCUUAAGGAAGAAAAUGUUAUGGAAGAACAUCUUAAGGAGAAACAUCUUAAGGAAGAAACUGUUAUGGAAGAACAUUUGAUGGAAGAACAUCUAAUGGAAGAAAAUCUUAAGGAAGAACAUCUUAUGAAAGGAACUGUUAUGGAAGAACAUCUUAUGGAAGAAACUAUUAUGGAAGAAUAUCUUAAGGAAGAAAAUACUAUGGAGGAGAAUCUUAAGGAAGAACAUCUUAUGGAAGAACAACUUAAGGAAGAAAAUCUUAUGGAAGAACAUCUUAUGGAAGAAACUGUUACAGUGGAACAUCUUAUGGAGGAAACUGUUAUGGAAGAACAUCUUAUGGAAGAAAAUGCUAUGGAAGAAAAUCUUAAGGAUGAAAAUGCUAUGGAAGAACAUCUUAAGGAAGAACAUCUUAUGGAUGAAAAUUUUAAGGAAGAACAUGUUAUGAAAGAACAUCUUAUGGAAGAAAUUGUUAUGGAAGAAGAUCUUAUGGAAAAGCAUGUUAUGGAAGAAUUUAUGGUGCAAGAAUCUACUGCUAUAGAAGAAACUAUUGUGGAGGAACCUGUUACGCAGGAACCUGGUGUAGAAGAACAUCUGAUGGAAGAACAAGAGGUCGAGGAACAUCUGAUGAAAGAACAAGUGGUGGAAGAACAUCUGAAGGAAGAACAAGAGACAAAAGCUGAUGUGCUGGAAGAACCUAAGCGGGAAGAAGCUGUUAAGAAACAGCCUGUGCGGGGCAAGAGCAGGGCGGCCCAGCCUGCAGUGGAAGAGCCUGACGCCAGCGACUCUGAUUUCAAUGACGAUGUCGCUGACGACUCAGGCUCCGAGGAGUCGUCUUGGGAGGAAUGUCCGCGACCUGCACGGCAGGGCAAGGCCUCUCGAGGCAAGGCCAAGAACAACAGCAAGAUGGCCGCCGCCCCGCCCUCCGCCGCGCCCGAGCUGCUGCUACGGCCGCGCGGCGCCGUCCUCACCUUCCUUAGCGCAGUGGUGGACCCACCCGCCAUCUUGAUCAUGGGCACCGACAAGCAAGAGAACGACCACCUCCUGACGCAGGCCACAGACCGCGUCGUCUUCUUCCAUGUGGACGACCUGCCCUCAGCCCACGUGUACCUGCAGCUUGAGCCAGGCCAGGGCAUGCGUGACGUGCCCCACGUCCUAUUGCACGAUGCGGCACAGCUGUGCAAGGCCAACAGCGCGCAGGGCAACAAGUUGGCCAACGUGGCCGUACUGUACACGCCAGGUUCCAACCUGCGCAAGACCCGCCACAUGAAGGUCGGCGAGGUGGGCUUCGUCAGUGACAGAGACGUGCGCAGGAUUGUGAUCGCCAGGCGGGACGACGCGGUGGUGGACCGCCUCACCCGCACCAAGAGGAAGGUCGUCUCGGGCAGGGCAGAGCGGGAGAAGCAGCAGCGAGCGCGCGAAAGGCAGCGCCAGAAGACCGAGGCCAAGUUGGCGAGGAGAAAGCAGAGGCGAGAGGAGCAGCAGGAACAGGCCGCCCACGAGGACCCCCUCGAGCUGGCGUGGGGCGUCGAGAUAGAGCAGGGUCCUGCCACCCGCACCACCGGCAGGCAGCGACGCAAGCGCCGAGAGCGGCGGGAGCAGGACAGUUCAGACGAGGAGUGCAAGGAAGAGGAGAAUCAACAGCAGGACCAGGCAGAGACGAAGACCACGCGCUGCUUCCCGGUGGGCGCUGCACAGCGCCGCCUGCUGCAGGGUUGCCGCGCCCUGGUGGAGCGCAGGUUUGACGUGCGGGUGGCGCCCCCAGGAAAGGGCGAAGCCGAGGGGCGCGGCACUGUGACAGGGGCCCCUGAGGACGUGGCUGACGCUCUCGCGGAGCUGAAGAAACUUUUGAAUCACGACACUCAGAAGGACGCGGCUCUUGAUAACAAGAGCGGCAGCGGGAAGCGUGGCAAGGGUGGAAACAAUGAUAAGGAUAGCAAAAGCAACAAGAGUGGCAAGAGUAACAAGAAUGAUAAAGGUGAUAAAGGAGGUAAGAAUGGAAAAGAUGGCAAGAAUGAUAAGAGCAACAAGAAUGACAAGAAUGGCAAGGAUGGCAGAGACACCAAGGCCAAGGGACAGAACACCAAGCAGAAGAGGAAGCAGUGAGCGCCUCCACCCGCCACGCCUUGUCGUGAGCAAUGAGAGCAAUGAGGCGGCGCCGCUGUCGAGCCACGCCAGCCUGGUCAGUCCCUUCACCGCGGCGGAGGCACUCAAGAAGUAAAGGAAAGAAAAAAAAAAAAAAUGCAAAACAUCAAAAGCAAUAAACAAGGACAAAAUAAAAGAAAAAGUAUGCAUCAAUAAGUGAAGAAAAAAAGAACAAAAAAAAAAAACAAAGAAAAAUAUGUCAAUCAGUAAAAAAAAAGACAAGAAGUACAAAACAUCAAAAAACAGAGAAACGAGAAAAAAAGAAAAAAAGUAAAAAAAUAAAUAAAAACACCCAAAACACCCAAAACAGAAAACAAGAGCAAAAUGAAUUCCAAAGGAAAAUACAAAAUACCAAAAACAAAUAACAAAACAAAAGGAUAAAAAGAAAAAAAGUAUAAGUAAAGAGAAGAAAGAAAGCAAAAAAAAAAAAAA